AUGGGCCGGCAUGGGGGCCACAGCUUCAUCUACCUCCAGGAGGCGCUGCAGGACUCAAGGGCACUCACGAUUCAGCUGCUGGCUGACGCCCAACAAGGUCGACAGGCAAUCCAGCUGAGCAUUGAGCAGGCCCAGACGGUGGCAGAACAGGUGGAGAUGAAGGCAAAGGUCGUACAGUCGGAGGUCAAAGCCGUGACUGCAAGGCAUAAGAAGGCCCUGGAGGAGCGUGAGUGCGAGCUGCUGUGGAAGGUAGAGAAGAUCCGCCAGGUGAAAGCCAAGUCUCUAUAUCUGCAGGUAGAGAAGCUGCGGCAAAACCUUAAUAAGCUUGAGAGCACCAUCAGUGCUGUCCAGCAGGUCUUGGAGGAGGGUAGGGCACUGGACAUCCUGUUGGCCCGAGACCGGAUGCUGGCCCAGGUACAGGAGCUGAAGACUGUGCGGAGUCUCCUGCAGCCCCAGGAAGAUGACCGAGUCAUGUUCACACCCCCUGACCAGGCCCUCUACCUUGCCAUUAAGUCCUUUGGCUUCGUUAGCAGUGGGGCCUUUGCGCCACUCACCAAGGCCACGGGGGAUGGCCUCAAGCGGGCCCUCCAAGGUAAGGUGGCCUCUUUUACUGUCAUCGGCUAUGACCACGAUGGUGAGCCGCGCCUCUCUGGAGGUGACCUGAUGUCAGCUGUGGUCCUGGGCCCAGAUGGCAACCUGUUUGGUGCAGAUGUGAGUGAUCAGCAGAAUGGGACUUAUGUGGUGAGCUACCGGCCCCAGCUGGAAGGCGAGCACCUCAUAUCCGUGACCAUGUGCAACCAGCACAUUGAGAACAGUCCCUUCAAGGUGGUGGUCAAGUCAGGCCGCAGCUACGUGGGCAUCGGGCUCCCAGGCCUGAGCUUUGGCAGUGAGGGCGACAGUGACGGCAAGCUCUGCCGCCCUUGGGGUGUGAGCGUAGACAGGGAGGGCUACAUCAUUGUUGCCGACCGCAGCAACAACCGCAUCCAGGUGUUUAAGCCCUGUGGCGCCUUCCACCACAAAUUCGGCACCCUGGGCUCUCGGCCUGGGCAGUUCGACCGACCAGCUGGGGUGGCCUGUGAUGCCUCACGCAGGAUCGUGGUGGCUGACAAGGACAAUCAUCGCAUCCAAGUCUUUACUUUCGAAGGCCAGUUCCUGCUCAAGUUUGGUGAGAAGGGAACCAAGAACGGGCAGUUCAACUACCCAUGGGAUGUGGCAGUGAAUUCCGAGGGCAAGAUCCUGGUCUCAGACACACGGAACCACCGGAUCCAGCUGUUUGGGCCCGAUGGGGUCUUCCUAAAUAAGUACGGCUUCGAGGGGGCUCUCUGGAAGCACUUUGACUCCCCACGGGGUGUGGCCUUCAACCAUGAGGGCCACUUGGUGGUCACGGACUUCAACAACCACCGGCUCUUGGUCAUUCACCCUGACUGCCAAUCAGCACGCUUCCUGGGGUCAGAGGGCACCGGCAAUGGGCAGUUCUUACGCCCACAAGGUGUGGCUGUGGACCAGGAAGGGCGCAUCAUCGUGGCGGAUUCCAGGAACCACCGGGUACAGAUGUUUGAGUCCAAUGGCAGCUUCCUGUGCAAGUUUGGGGCCCAAGGCAGCGGCUUUGGGCAGAUGGACCGCCCCUCUGGGAUUGCUGUCACCCCUGAUGGAAUGAUCGUCGUCGUAGACUUUGGCAACAAUCGAAUCCUCGUCUUCUAA